AUGCAGGUUAUCUGCUACUGGCAUUUGAAGGGGGGGGGGGGGGGGGGGGGGGGGGGGGGGGGGGGGGGGGGGGGGGGGGGGGGGGGGGGGGGGGGGGGGGGGGGGGGGGGGGGGGGGGGGGGGGGGGGGGGGGGGGGGGGGGGGGGGGGGGGGGGGGGGGGGGGGGGGGGGGGGGGGGGGGGGGGGGGGGGGGGGGGGGGGGGGGGGGGGGGGGGGGGGGGGGGGGGGGGGGGGGGGGGGGGGGGGGGGGGGGGGGGGGGGGGGGGGGGGGGGGGGGGGGGGGGGGGGGGGGGGGGGGGGGGGGGGGGGGGGGGGGGGGGGGGGGGGGGGGGGGGGGGGGGGGGGGGGGGGGGGGGGGGGGGGGGGGGGGGGGGGGGGGGGGGGGGGGGGGGGGGGGGGGGGGGGGGGGGGGGGGGGGGGGGGGGGGGGGGGGGGGGGGGGGGGGGGGGGGGGGGGGGGGGGGGGGGGGGGGGGGGGGGGGGGGGGGGGGGGGGGGGGGGGGGGGGGGGGGGGGGGGGGGGGGGGGGGGGGGGGGGGGGGGGGGGGGGGGGGGGGGGGGGGGGGGGGGGGGGGGGGGGGGGGGGGGGGGGGGGGGGGGGGGGGGGGGGGGGGGGGGGGGGGGGGGGGGGGGGGGGGGGGGGGGGGGGGGGGGGGGGGGGGGGGGGGGGGGGGGGGGGGGGGGGGGGGGGGGGGGGGGGGGGGGGGGGGGGGGGGGGGGGGGGGGGGGGGGGGGGGGGGGGGGGGGGGGGGGGGGGGGGGGGGGGGGGGGGGGGGGGGGGGGGGGGGGGGGGGGGGGGGGGGGGGGGGGGGGGGGGGGGGGGGGGGGGGGGGGGGGGGGGGGGGGGGGGGGGGGGGGGGGGGGGGGGGGGGGGGGGGGGGGGGGGGGGGGGGGGGGGGGGGGGGGGGGGGGGGGGGGGGGGGGGGGGGGGGGGGGGGGGGGGGGGGGGGGGGGGGGGGGGGGGGGGGGGGGGGGGGGGGGGGGGGGGGGGGGGGGGGGGGGGGGGGGGGGGGGGGGGGGGGGGGGGGGGGGGGGGGGGGGGGGGGGGGGGGGGGGGGGGGGGGGGGGGGGGGGGGGGGGGGGGGGGGGGGGGGGGGGGGGGGGGGGGGGGGGGGGGGGGGGGGGGGGGGGGGGGGGGGGGGGGGGGGGGGGGGGGGGGGGGGGGGGGGGGGGGGGGGGGGGGGGGGGGGGGGGGGGGGGGGGGGGGGGGGGGGGGGGGGGGGGGGGGGGGGGGGGGGGGGGGGGGGGGGGGGGGGGGGGGGGGGGGGGGGGGGGGGGGGGGGGGGGGGGGGGGGGGGGGGGGGGGGGGGGGGGGGGGGGGGGGGGGGGGGGGGGGGGGGGGGGGGGGGGGGGGGGGGGGGGGGGGGGGGGGGGGGGGGGGGGGGGGGGGGGGGGGGGGGGGGGGGGGGGGGGGGGGGGGGGGGGGGGGGGGGGGGGGGGGGGGGGGGGGGGGGGGGGGGGGGGGGGGGGGGGGGGGGGGGGGGGGGGGGGGGGGGGGGGGGGGGGGGGGGGGGGGGGGGGGGGGGGGGGGGGGGUGGGGGGGGGGGGGGGGGGGGGGGGGGGGGGGGGGGGGGGGGGGGGGGGGGGGGGGGGGGGGGGGGGGGGGGGGGGGGGGGGGGGGGGGGGGGGGGGGGGGGGGGGGGGGGGGGGGGGGGGGGGGGGGGGGGGGGGGGGGGGGGGGGGGGGGGGGGGGGGGGGGGGGGGGGGGGGGGGGGGGGGGGGGGGGGGGGGGGGGGGGGGGGGGGGGGGGGGGGGGGGGGGGGGGGGGGGGGGGGGGGGGGGGGGGGGGGGGGGGGGGGGGGGGGGGGGGGGGGGGGGGGGGGGGGGGGGGGGGGGGGGGGGGGGGGGGGGGGGGGGGGGGGGGGGGGGGGGGGGGGGGGGGGGGGGGGGGGGGGGGGGGGGGGGGGGGGGGGGGGGGGGGGGGGGGGGGGGGGGGGGGGGGGGGGGGGGGGGGGGGGGGGGGGGGGGGGGGGGGGGGGGGGGGGGGGGGGGGGGGGGGGGGGGGGGGGGGGGGGGGGGGGGGGGGGGGGGGGGGGGGGGGGGGGGGGGGGGGGGGGGGGGGGGGGGGGGGGGGGGGGGGGGGGGGGGGGGGGGGGGGGGGGGGGGGGGGGGGGGGGGGGGGGGGGGGGGGGGGGGGGGGGGGGGGGGGGGGGGGGGGGGGGGGGGGGGGGGGGGGGGGGGGGGGGGGGGGGGGGGGGGGGGGGGGGGGGGGGGGGGGGGGGGGGGGGGGGGGGGGGGGGGGGGGGGGGGGGGGGGGGGGGGGGGGGGGGGGGGGGGGGGGGGGGGGGGGGGGGGGGGGGGGGGGGGGGGGGGGGGGGGGGGGGGGGGGGGGGGGGGGGGGGGGGGGGGGGGGGGGGGGGGGGGGGGGGGGGGGGGGGGGGGGGGGGGGGGGGGGGGGGGGGGGGGGGGGGGGGGGGGGGGGGGGGGGGGGGGGGGGGGGGGGGGGGGGGGGGGGGGGGGGGGGGGGGGGGGGGGGGGGGGGGGGGGGGGGGGGGGGGGGGGGGGGGGGGGGGGGGGGGGGGGGGGGGGGGGGGGGGGGGGGGGGGGGGGGGGGGGGGGGGGGGGGGGGGGGGGGGGGGGGGGGGGGGGGGGGGGGGGGGAGGGGGGGGGGGGGGGGGGGGGGGGGGGGGGGGGGGGGGGGGGGGGGGGGGGGGGGGGGGGGGGGGGGGGGGGGGGGGGGGGGGGGGGGGGGGGGGGGGGGGGGGGGGGGGGGGGGGGGGGGGGGGGGGGGGGGGGGGGGGGGGGGGGGGGGGGGGGGGGGGGGGGGGGGGGGGGGGGGGGGGGGGGGGGGGGGGGGGGGGGGGGGGGGGGGGGGGGGGGGGGGGGGGGGGGGGGGGGGGGGGGGGGGGGGGGGGGGGGGGGGGGGGGGGGGGGGGGGGGGGGGGGGGGGGGGGGGGGGGGGGGGGGGGGGGGGGGGGGGGGGGGGGGGGGGGGGGGGGGGGGGGGGGGGGGGGGGGGGGGGGGGGGGGGGGGGGGGGGGGGGGGGGGGGGGGGGGGGGGGGGGGGGGGGGGGGGGGGGGGGGGGGGGGGGGGGGGGGGGGGGGGGGGGGGGGGGGGGGGGGGGGGGGGGGGGGGGGGGGGGGGGGGGGGGGGGGGGGGGGGGGGGGGGGGGGGGGGGGGGGGGGGGGGGGGGGGGGGGGGGGGGGGGGGGGGGGGGGGGGGGGGGGGGGGGGGGGGGGGGGGGGGGGGGGGGGGGGGGGGGGGGGGGGGGGGGGGGGGGGGGGGGGGGGGGGGGGGGGGGGGGGGGGGGGGGGGGGGGGGGGGGGGGGGGGGGGGGGUGGGGGGGGGGGGGGGGGGGGGGGGGGGGGGGGGGGGGGGGGGGGGGGGGGGGGGGGGGGGGGGGGGGGGGGGGGGGGGGGGGGGGGGGGGGGGGGGGGGGGGGGGGGGGGGGGGGGGGGGGGGGGGGGGGGGGGGGGGGGGGGGGGGGGGGGGGGGGGGGGGGGGGGGGGGGGGGGGGGGGGGGGGGGGGGGGGGGGGGGGGGGGGGGGGGGGGGGGGGGGGGGGGGGGGGGGGGGGGGGGGGGGGGGGGGGGGGGGGGGGGGGGGGGGGGGGGGGGGGGGGGGGGGGGGGGUGGGGGGGGGGGGGGGGGGGGGGGGGGGGGGGGGGGGGGGGGGGGGGGGGGGGGGGGGGGGGGGGGGGGGGGGGGGGGGGGGGGGGGGGGGGGGGGGGGGGGGGGGGGGGGGGGGGGGGGGGGGGGGGGGGGGGGGGGGGGGGGGGGGGGGGGGGGGGGGGGGGGGGGGGGGGGGGGGGGGGGGGGGGGGGGGGGGGGGGGGGGGGGGGGGGGGGGGGGGGGGGGGGGGGGGGGGGGGGGGGGGGGGGGGGGGGGGGGGGGGGGGGGGGGGGGGGGGGGGGGGGGGGGGGGGGGGGGGGGGGGGGGGGGGGGGGGGGGGGGGGGGGGGGGGGGGGGGGGGGGGGGGGGGGGGGGGGGGGGGGGGGGGGGGGGGGGGGGGGGGGGGGGGGGGGGGGGGGGGGGGGGGGGGGGGGGGGGGGGGGGGGGGGGGGGGGGGGGGGGGGGGGGGGGGGGGGGGGGGGGGGGGGGGGGGGGGGGGGGGGGGGGGGGGGGGGGGGGGGGGGGGGGGGGGGGGGGGGGGGGGGGGGGGGGGGGGGGGGGGGGGGGGGGGGGGGGGGGGGGGGGGGGGGGGGGGGGGGGGGGGGGGGGGGGGGGGGGGGGGGGGGGGGGGGGGGGGGGGGGGGGGGGGGGGGGGGGGGGGGGGGGGGGGGGGGGGGGGGGGGGGGGGGGGGGUGGGGGGGGGGGGGGGGGGGGGGGGGGGGGGGGGGGGGGGGGGGGGGGGGGGGGGGGGGGGGGGGGGGGGGGGGGGGGGGGGGGGGGGGGGGGGGGGGGGGGGGGGGGGGGGGGGGGGGGGGGGGGGGGGGGGGGGGGGGGGGGGGGGGGGGGGGGGGGGGGGGGGGGGGGGGGGGGGGGGGGGGGGGGGGGGGGGGGGGGGGGGGGGGGGGGGGGGGGGGGGGGGGGGGGGGGGGGGGGGGGGGGGGGGGGGGGGGGGGGGGGGGGGGGGGGGGGGGGGGGGGGGGGGGGGGGGGGGGGGGGGGGGGGGGGGGGGGGGGGGGGGGGGGGGGGGGGGGGGGGGGGGGGGGGGGGGGGGGGGGGGGGGGGGGGGGGGGGGGGGGGGGGGGGGGGGGGGGGGGGGGGGGGGGGGGGGGGGGGGGGGGGGGGGGGGGGGGGGGGGGGGGGGGGGGGGGGGGGGGGGGGGGGGGGGGGGGGGGGGGGGGGGGGGGGGGGGGGGGGGGGGGGGGGGGGGGGGGGGGGGGGGGGGGGGGGGGGGGGGGGGGGGGGGGGGGGGGGGGGGGGGGGGGGGGGGGGGGGGGGGGGGGGGGGGGGGGGGGGGGGGGGGGGGGGGGGGGGGGGGGGGGGGGGGGGGGGGGGGGGGGGGGGGGGGGGGGGGGGGGGGGGGGGGGGGGGGGGGGGGGGGGGGGGGGGGGGGGGGGGGGGGGGGGGGGGGGGGGGGGGGGGGGGGGGGGGGGGGGGGGGGGGGGGGGGGGGGGGGGGGGGGGGGGGGGGGGGGGGGGGGGGGGGGGGGGGGGGGGGGGGGGGGGGGGGGGGGGGGGGGGGGGGGGGGGGGGGGGGGGGGGGGGGGGGGGGGGGGGGGGGGGGGGGGGGGGGGGGGGGGGGGGGGGGGGGGGGGGGGGGGGGGGGGGGGGGGGGGGGGGGGGGGGGGGGGGGGGGGGGGGGGGGGGGGGGGGGGGGGGGGGGGGGGGGGGGGGGGGGGGGGGGGGGGGGGGGGGGGGGGGGGGGGGGGGGGGGGGGGGGGGGGGGGGGGGGGGGGGGGGGGGGGGGGGGGGGGGGGGGGGGGGGGGGGGGGGGGGGGGGGGGGGGGGGGGGGGGGGGGGGGGGGGGGGGGGGGGGGGGGGGGGGGGGGGGGGGGGGGGGGGGGGGGGGGGGGGGGGGGGGGGGGGGGGGGGGGGGGGGGGGGGGGGGGGGGGGGGGGGGGGGGGGGGGGGGGGGGGGGGGGGGGGGGGGGGGGGGGGGGGGGGGGGGGGGGGGGGGGGGGGGGGGGGGGGGGGGGGGGGGGGGGGGGGGGGGGGGGGGGGGGGGGGGGGGGGGGGGGGGGGGGGGGGGGGGGGGGGGGGGGGGGGGGGGGGGGGGGGGGGGGGGGGGGGGGGGGGGGGGGGGGGGGGGGGGGGGGGGGGGGGGGGGGGGGGGGGGGGGGGGGGGGGGGGGGGGGGGGGGGGGGGGGGGGGGGGGGGGGGGGGGGGGGGGGGGGGGGGGGGGGGGGGGGGGGGGGGGGGGGGGGGGGGGGGGGGGGGGGGGGGGGGGGGGGGGGGGGGGGGGGGGGGGGGGGGGGGGGGGGGGGGGGGGGGGGGGGGGGGGGGGGGGGGGGGGGGGGGGGGGGGGGGGGGGGGGGGGGGGGGGGGGGGGGGGGGGGGGGGGGGGGGGGGGGGGGGGGGGGGGGGGGGGGGGGGGGGGGGGGGGGGGGGGGGGGGGGGGGGGGGGGGGGGGGGGGGGGGGGGGGGGGGGGGGGGGGGGGGGGGGGGGGGGGGGGGGGGGGGGGGGGGGGGGGGGGGGGGGGGGGGGGGGGGGGGGGGGGGGGGGGGGGGGGGGGGGGGGGGGGGGGGGGGGGGGGGGGGGGGGGGGGGGGGGGGGGGGGGGGGGGGGGGGGGGGGGGGGGGGGGGGGGGGGGGGGGGGGGGGGGGGGGGGGGGGGGGGGGGGGGGGGGGGGGGGGGGGGGGGGGGGGGGGGGGGGGGGGGGGGGGGGGGGGGGGGGGGGGGGGGGGGGGGGGGGGGGGGGGGGGGGGGGGGGGGGGGGGGGGGGGGGGGGGGGGGGGGGGGGGGGGGGGGGGGGGGGGGGGGGGGGGGGGGGGGGGGGGGGGGGGGGGGGGGGGGGGGGGGGGGGGGGGGGGGGGGGGGGGGGGGGGGGGGGGGGGGGGGGGGGGGGGGGGGGGGGGGGGGGGGGGGGGGGGGGGGGGGGGGGGGGGGGGGGGGGGGGGGGGGGGGGGGGGGGGGGGGGGGGGGGGGGGGGGGGGGGGGGGGGGGGGGGGGGGGGGGGGGGGGGGGGGGGGGGGGGGGGGGGGGGGGGGGGGGGGGGGGGGGGGGGGGGGGGGGGGGGGGGGGGGGGGGGGGGGGGGGGGGGGGGGGGGGGGGGGGGGGGGGGGGGGGGGGGGGGGGGGGGGGGGGGGGGGGGGGGGGGGGGGGGGGGGGGGGGGGGGGGGGGGGGGGGGGGGGGGGGGGGGGGGGGGGGGGGGGGGGGGGGGGGGGGGGGGGGGGGGGGGGGGGGGGGGGGGGGGGGGGGGGGGGGGGGGGGGGGGGGGGGGGGGGGGGGGGGGGGGGGGGGGGGGGGGGGGGGGGGGGGGGGGGGGGGGGGGGGGGGGGGGGGGGGGGGGGGGGGGGGGGGGGGGGGGGGGGGGGGGGGGGGGGGGGGGGGGGGGGGGGGGGGGGGGGGGGGGGGGGGGGGGGGGGGGGGGGGGGGGGGGGGGGGGGGGGGGGGGGGGGGGGGGGGGGGGGGGGGGGGGGGGGGGGGGGGGGGGGGGGGGGGGGGGGGGGGGGGGGGGGGGGGGGGGGGGGGGGGGGGGGGGGGGGGGGGGGGGGGGGGGGGGGGGGGGGGGGGGGGGGGGGGGGGGGGGGGGGGGGGGGGGGGGGGGGGGGGGGGGGGGGGGGGGGGGGGGGGGGGGGGGGGGGGGGGGGGGGGGGGGGGGGGGGGGGGGGGGGGGGGGGGGGGGGGGGGGGGGGGGGGGGGGGGGGGGGGGGGGGGGGGGGGGGGGGGGGGGGGGGGGGGGGGGGGGGGGGGGGGGGGGGGGGGGGGGGGGGGGGGGGGGGGGGGGGGGGGGGGGGGGGGGGGGGGGGGGGGGGGGGGGGGGGGGGGGGGGGGGGGGGGGGGGGUGGGGGGGGGGGGGGGGGGGGGGGGGGGGGGGGGGGGGGGGGGGGGGGGGGGGGGGGGGGGGGGGGGGGGGGGGGGGGGGGGGGGGGGGGGGGGGGGGGGGGGGGGGGGGGGGGGGGGGGGGGGGGGGGGGGGGGGGGGGGGGGGGGGGGGGGGGGGGGGGGGGGGGGGGGGGGGGGGGGGGGGGGGGGGGGGGGGGGGGGGGGGGGGGGGGGGGGGGGGGGGGGGGGGGGGGGGGGGGGGGGGGGGGGGGGGGGGGGGGGGGGGGGGGGGGGGGGGGGGGGGGGGGGGGGGGGGGGGGGGGGGGGGGGGGGGGGGGGGGGGGGGGGGGGGGGGGGGGGGGGGGGGGGGGGGGGGGGGGGGGGGGGGGGGGGGGGGGGGGGGGGGGGGGGGGGGGGGGGGGGGGGGGGGGGGGGGGGGGGGGGGGGGGGGGGGGGGGGGGGGGGGGGGGGGGGGGGGGGGGGGGGGGGGGGGGGGGGGGGGGGGGGGGGGGGGGGGGGGGGGGGGGGGGGGGGGGGGGGGGGGGGGGGGGGGGGGGGGGGGGGGGGGGGGGGGGGGGGGGGGGGGGGGGGGGGGGGGGGGGGUUGGGGGGGGGGGGGGGGGGGGGGGGGGGGGGGGGGGGGGGGGGGGGGGGGGGGGGGGGGGGGGGGGGGGGGGGGGGGGGGGGGGGGGGGGGGGGGGGGGGGGGGGGGGGGGGGGGGGGGGGGGGGGGGGGGGGGGGGGGGGGGGGGGGGGGGGGGGGGGGGGGGGGGGGGGGGGGGGGGGGGGGGGGGGGGGGGGGGGGGGGGGGGGGGGGGGGGGGGGGGGGGGGGGGGGGGGGGGGGGGGGGGGGGGGGGGGGGGGGGGGGGGGGGGGGGGGGGGGGGGGGGGGGGGGGGGGGGGGGGGGGGGGGGGGGGGGGGGGGGGGGGGGGGGGGGGGGGGGGGGGGGGGGGGGGGGGGGGGGGGGGGGGGGGGGGGGGGGGGGGGGGGGGGGGGGGGGGGGGGGGGGGGGGGGGGGGGGGGGGGGGGGGGGGGGGGGGGGGGGGGGGGGGGGGGGGGGGGGGGGGGGGGGGGGGGGGGGGGGGGGGGGGGGGGGGGGGGGGGGGGGGGGGGGGGGGGGGGGGGGGGGGGGGGGGGGGGGGGGGGGGGGGGGGGGGGGGGGGGGGGGGGGGGGGGGGGGGGGGGGGGGGGGGGGGGGGGGGGGGGGGGGGGGGGGGGGGGGGGGGGGGGGGGGGGGGGGGGGGGGGGGGGGGGGGGGGGGGGGGGGGGGGGGGGGGGGGGGGGGGGGGGGGGGGGGGGGGGGGGGGGGGGGGGGGGGGGGGGGGGGGGGGGGGGGGGGGGGGGGGGGGGGGGGGGGGGGGGGGGGGGGGGGGGGGGGGGGGGGGGGGGGGGGGGGGGGGGGGGGGGGGGGGGGGGGGGGGGGGGGGGGGGGGGGGGGGGGGGGGGGGGGGGGGGGGGGGGGGGGGGGGGGGGGGGGGGGGGGGGGGGGGGGGGGGGGGGGGGGGGGGGGGGGGGGGGGGGGGGGGGGGGGGGGGGGGGGGGGGGGGGGGGGGGGGGGGGGGGGGGGGGGGGGGGGGGGGGGGGGGGGGGGGGGGGGGGGGGGGGGGGGGGGGGGGGGGGGGGGGGGGGGGGGGGGGGGGGGGGGGGGGGGGGGGGGGGGGGGGGGGGGGGGGGGGGGGGGGGGGGGGGGGGGGGGGGGGGGGGGGGGGGGGGGGGGGGGGGGGGGGGGGGGGGGGGGGGGGGGGGGGGGGGGGGGGGGGGGGGGGGGGGGGGGGGGGGGGGGGGGGGGGGGGGGGGGGGGGGGGGGGGGGGGGGGGGGGGGGGGGGGGGGGGGGGGGGGGGGGGGGGGGGGGGGGGGGGGGGGGGGGGGGGGGGGGGGGGGGGGGGGGGGGGGGGGGGGGGGGGGGGGGGGGGGGGGGGGGGGGGGGGGGGGGGGGGGGGGGGGGGGGGGGGGGGGGGGGGGGGGGGGGGGGGGGGGGGGGGGGGGGGGGGGGGGGGGGGGGGGGGGGGGGGGGGGGGGGGGGGGGGGGGGGGGGGGGGGGGGGGGGGGGGGGGGGGGGGGGGGGGGGGGGGGGGGGGGGGGGGGGGGGGGGGGGGGGGGGGGGGGGGGGGGGGGGGGGGGGGGGGGGGGGGGGGGGGGGGGGGGGGGGGGGGGGGGGGGGGGGGGGGGGGGGGGGGGGGGGGGGGGGGGGGGGGGGGGGGGGGGGGGGGGGGGGGGGGGGGGGGGGGGGGGGGGGGGGGGGGGGGGGGGGGGGGGGGGGGGGGGGGGGGGGGGGGGGGGGGGGGGGGGGGGGGGGGGGGGGGGGGGGGGGGGGGGGGGGGGGGGGGGGGGGGGGGGGGGGGGGGGGGGGGGGGGGGGGGGGGGGGGGGGGGGGGGGGGGGGGGGGGGGGGGGGGGGGGGGGGGGGGGGGGGGGGGGGGGGGGGGGGGGGGGGGGGGGGGGGGGGGGGGGGGGGGGGGGGGGGGGGGGGGGGGGGGGGGGGGGGGGGGGGGGGGGGGGGGGGGGGGGGGGGGGGGGGGGGGGGGGGGGGGGGGGGGGGGGGGGGGGGGGGGGGGGGGGGGGGGGGGGGGGGGGGGGGGGGGGGGGGGGGGGGGGGGGGGGGGGGGGGGGGGGGGGGGGGGGGGGGGGGGGGGGGGGGGGGGGGGGGGGGGGGGGGGGGGGGGGGGGGGGGGGGGGGGGGGGGGGGGGGGGGGGGGGGGGGGGGGGGGGGGGGGGGGGGGGGGGGGGGGGGGGGGGGGGGGGGGGGGGGGGGGGGGGGGGGGGGGGGGGGGGGGGGGGGGGGGGGGGGGGGGGGGGGGGGGGGGGGGGGGGGGGGGGGGGGGGGGGGGGGGGGGGGGGGGGGGGGGGGGGGGGGGGGGGGGGGGGGGGGGGGGGGGGGGGGGGGGGGGGGGGGGGGGGGGGGGGGGGGGGGGGGGGGGGGGGGGGGGGGGGGGGGGGGGGGGGGGGGGGGGGGGGGGGGGGGGGGGGGGGGGGGGGGGGGGGGGGGGGGGGGGGGGGGGGGGGGGGGGGGGGGGGGGGGGGGGGGGGGGGGGGGGGGGGGGGGGGGGGGGGGGGGGGGGGGGGGGGGGGGGGGGGGGGGGGGGGGGGGGGGGGGGGGGGGGGGGGGGGGGGGGGGGGGGGGGGGGGGGGGGGGGGGGGGGGGGGGGGGGGGGGGGGGGGGGGGGGGGGGGGGGGGGGGGGGGGGGGGGGGGGGGGGGGGGGGGGGGGGGGGGGGGGGGGGGGGGGGGGGGGGGGGGGGGGGGGGGGGGGGGGGGGGGGGGGGGGGGGGGGGGGGGGGGGGGGGGGGGGGGGGGGGGGGGGGGGGGGGGGGGGGGGGGGGGGGGGGGGGGGGGGGGGGGGGGGGGGGGGGGGGGGGGGGGGGGGGGGGGGGGGGGGGGGGGGGGGGGGGGGGGGGGGGGGGGGGGGGGGGGGGGGGGGGGGGGGGGGGGGGGGGGGGGGGGGGGGGGGGGGGGGGGGGGGGGGGGGGGGGGGGGGGGGGGGGGGGGGGGGGGGGGGGGGGGGGGGGGGGGGGGGGGGGGGGGGGGGGGGGGGGGGGGGGGGGGGGGGGGGGGGGGGGGGGGGGGGGGGGGGGGGGGGGGGGGGGGGGGGGGGGGGGGGGGGGGGGGGGGGGGGGGGGGGGGGGGGGGGGGGGGGGGGGGGGGGGGGGGGGGGGGGGGGGGGGGGGGGGGGGGGGGGGGGGGGGGGGGGGGGGGGGGGGGGGGGGGGGGGGGGGGGGGGGGGGGGGGGGGGGGGGGGGGGGGGGGGGGGGGGGGGGGGGGGGGGGGGGGGGGGGGGGGGGGGGGGGGGGGGGGGGGGGGGGGGGGGGGGGGGGGGGGGGGGGGGGGGGGGGGGGGGGGGGGGGGGGGGGGGGGGGGGGGGGGGGGGGGGGGGGGGGGGGGGGGGGGGGGGGGGGGGGGGGGGGGGGGGGGGGGGGGGGGGGGGGGGGGGGGGGGGGGGGGGGGGGGGGGGGGGGGGGGGGGGGGGGGGGGGGGGGGGGGGGGGGGGGGGGGGGGGGGGGGGGGGGGGGGGGGGGGGGGGGGGGGGGGGGGGGGGGGGGGGGGGGGGGGGGGGGGGGGGGGGGGGGGGGGGGGGGGGGGGGGGGGGGGGGGGGGGGGGGGGGGGGGGGGGGGGGGGGGGGGGGGGGGGGGGGGGGGGGGGGGGGGGGGGGGGGGGGGGGGGGGGGGGGGGGGGGGGGGGGGGGGGGGGGGGGGGGGGGGGGGGGGGGGGGGGGGGGGGGGGGGGGGGGGGGGGGGGGGGGGGGGGGGGGGGGGGGGGGGGGGGGGGGGGGGGGGGGGGGGGGGGGGGGGGGGGGGGGGGGGGGGGGGGGGGGGGGGGGGGGGGGGGGGGGGGGGGGGGGGGGGGGGGGGGGGGGGGGGGGGGGGGGGGGGGGGGGGGGGGGGGGGGGGGGGGGGGGGGGGGGGGGGGGGGGGGGGGGGGGGGGGGGGGGGGGGGGGGGGGGGGGGGGGGGGGGGGGGGGGGGGGGGGGGGGGGGGGGGGGGGGGGGGGGGGGGGGGGGGGGGGGGGGGGGGGGGGGGGGGGGGGGGGGGGGGGGGGGGGGGGGGGGGGGGGGGGGGGGGGGGGGGGGGGGGGGGGGGGGGGGGGGGGGGGGGGGGGGGGGGGGGGGGGGGGGGGGGGGGGGGGGGGGGGGGGGGGGGGGGGGGGGGGGGGGGGGGGGGGGGGGGGGGGGGGGGGGGGGGGGGGGGGGGGGGGGGGGGGGGGGGGGGGGGGGGGGGGGGGGGGGGGGGGGGGGGGGGGGGGGGGGGGGGGGGGGGGGGGGGGGGGGGGGGGGGGGGGGGGGGGGGGGGGGGGGGGGGGGGGGGGGGGGGGGGGGGGGGGGGGGGGGGGGGGGGGGGGGGGGGGGGGGGGGGGGGGGGGGGGGGGGGGGGGGGGGGGGGGGGGGGGGGGGGGGGGGGGGGGGGGGGGGGGGGGGGGGGGGGGGGGGGGGGGGGGGGGGGGGGGGGGGGGGGGGGGGGGGGGGGGGGGGGGGGGGGGGGGGGGGGGGGGGGGGGGGGGGGGGGGGGGGGGGGGGGGGGGGGGGGGGGGGGGGGGGGGGGGGGGGGGGGGGGGGGGGGGGGGGGGGGGGGGGGGGGGGGGGGGGGGGGGGGGGGGGGGGGGGGGGGGGGGGGGGGGGGGGGGGGGGGGGGGGGGGGGGGGGGGGGGGGGGGGGGGGGGGGGGGGGGGGGGGGGGGGGGGGGGGGGGGGGGGGGGGGGGGGGGGGGGGGGGGGGGGGGGGGGGGGGGGGGGGGGGGGGGGGGGGGGGGGGGGGGGGGGGGGGGGGGGGGGGGGGGGGGGGGGGGGGGGGGGGGGGGGGGGGGGGGGGGGGGGGGGGGGGGGGGGGGGGGGGGGGGGGGGGGGGGGGGGGGGGGGGGGGGGGGGGGGGGGGGGGGGGGGGGGGGGGGGGGGGGGGGGGGGGGGGGGGGGGGGGGGGGGGGGGGGGGGGGGGGGGGGGGGGGGGGGGGGGGGGGGGGGGGGGGGGGGGGGGGGGGGGGGGGGGGGGGGGGGGGGGGGGGGGGGGGGGGGGGGGGGGGGGGGGGGGGGGGGGGGGGGGGGGGGGGGGGGGGGGGGGGGGGGGGGGGGGGGGGGGGGGGGGGGGGGGGGGGGGGGGGGGGGGGGGGGGGGGGGGGGGGGGGGGGGGGGGGGGGGGGGGGGGGGGGGGGGGGGGGGGGGGGGGGGGGGGGGGGGGGGGGGGGGGGGGGGGGGGGGGGGGGGGGGGGGGGGGGGGGGGGGGGGGGGGGGGGGGGGGGGGGGGGGGGGGGGGGGGGGGGGGGGGGGGGGGGGGGGGGGGGGGGGGGGGGGGGGGGGGGGGGGGGGGGGGGGGGGGGGGGGGGGGGGGGGGGGGGGGGGGGGGGGGGGGGGGGGGGGGGGGGGGGGGGGGGGGGGGGGGGGGGGGGGGGGGGGGGGGGGGGGGGGGGGGGGGGGGGGGGGGGGGGGGGGGGGGGGGGGGGGGGGGGGGGGGGGGGGGGGGGGGGGGGGGGGGGGGGGGGGGGGGGGGGGGGGGGGGGGGGGGGGGGGGGGGGGGGGGGGGGGGGGGGGGGGGGGGGGGGGGGGGGGGGGGGGGGGGGGGGGGGGGGGGGGGGGGGGGGGGGGGGGGGGGGGGGGGGGGGGGGGGGGGGGGGGGGGGGGGGGGGGGGGGGGGGGGGGGGGGGGGGGGGGGGGGGGGGGGGGGGGGGGGGGGGGGGGGGGGGGGGGGGGGGGGGGGGGGGGGGGGGGGGGGGGGGGGGGGGGGGGGGGGGGGGGGGGGGGGGGGGGGGGGGGGGGGGGGGGGGGGGGGGGGGGGGGGGGGGGGGGGGGGGGGGGGGGGGGGGGGGGGGGGGGGGGGGGGGGGGGGGGGGGGGGGGGGGGGGGGGGGGGGGGGGGGGGGGGGGGGGGGGGGGGGGGGGGGGGGGGGGGGGGGGGGGGGGGGGGGGGGGGGGGGGGGGGGGGGGGGGGGGGGGGGGGGGGGGGGGGGGGGGGGGGGGGGGGGGGGGGGGGGGGGGGGGGGGGGGGGGGGGGGGGGGGGGGGGGGGGGGGGGGGGGGGGGGGGGGGGGGGGGGGGGGGGGGGGGGGGGGGGGGGGGGGGGGGGGGGGGGGGGGGGGGGGGGGGGGGGGGGGGGGGGGGGGGGGGGGGGGGGGGGGGGGGGGGGGGGGGGGGGGGGGGGGGGGGGGGGGGGGGGGGGGGGGGGGGGGGGGGGGGGGGGGGGGGGGGGGGGGGGGGGGGGGGGGGGGGGGGGGGGGGGGGGGGGGGGGGGGGGGGGGGGGGGGGGGGGGGGGGGGGGGGGGGGGGGGGGGGGGGGGGGGGGGGGGGGGGGGGGGGGGGGGGGGGGGGGGGGGGGGGGGGGGGGGGGGGGGGGGGGGGGGGGGGGGGGGGGGGGGGGGGGGGGGGGGGGGGGGGGGGGGGGGGGGGGGGGGGGGGGGGGGGGGGGGGGGGGGGGGGGGGGGGGGGGGGGGGGGGGGGGGGGGGGGGGGGGGGGGGGGGGGGGGGGGGGGGGGGGGGGGGGGGGGGGGGGGGGGGGGGGGGGGGGGGGGGGGGGGGGGGGGGGGGGGGGGGGGGGGGGGGGGGGGGGGGGGGGGGGGGGGGGGGGGGGGGGGGGGGGGGGGGGGGGGGGGGGGGGGGGGGGGGGGGGGGGGGGGGGGGGGGGGGGGGGGGGGGGGGGGGGGGGGGGGGGGGGGGGGGGGGGGGGGGGGGGGGGGGGGGGGGGGGGGGGGGGGGGGGGGGGGGGGGGGGGGGGGGGGGGGGGGGGGGGGGGGGGGGGGGGGGGGGGGGGGGGGGGGGGGGGGGGGGGGGGGGGGGGGGGGGGGGGGGGGGGGGGGGGGGGGGGGGGGGGGGGGGGGGGGGGGGGGGGGGGGGGGGGGGGGGGGGGGGGGGGGGGGGGGGGGGGGGGGGGGGGGGGGGGGGGGGGGGGGGGGGGGGGGGGGGGGGGGGGGGGGGGGGGGGGGGGGGGGGGGGGGGGGGGGGGGGGGGGGGGGGGGGGGGGGGGGGGGGGGGGGGGGGGGGGGGGGGGGGGGGGGGGGGGGGGGGGGGGGGGGGGGGGGGGGGGGGGGGGGGGGGGGGGGGGGGGGGGGGGGGGGGGGGGGGGGGGGGGGGGGGGGGGGGGGGGGGGGGGGGGGGGGGGGGGGGGGGGGGGGGGGGGGGGGGGGGGGGGGGGGGGGGGGGGGGGGGGGGGGGGGGGGGGGGGGGGGGGGGGGGGGGGGGGGGGGGGGGGGGGGGGGGGGGGGGGGGGGGGGGGGGGGGGGGGGGGGGGGGGGGGGGGGGGGGGGGGGGGGGGGGGGGGGGGGGGGGGGGGGGGGGGGGGGGGGGGGGGGGGGGGGGGGGGGGGGGGGGGGGGGGGGGGGGGGGGGGGGGGGGGGGGGGGGGGGGGGGGGGGGGGGGGGGGGGGGGGGGGGGGGGGGGGGGGGGGGGGGGGGGGGGGGGGGGGGGGGGGGGGGGGGGGGGGGGGGGGGGGGGGGGGGGGGGGGGGGGGGGGGGGGGGGGGGGGGGGGGGGGGGGGGGGGGGGGGGGGGGGGGGGGGGGGGGGGGGGGGGGGGGGGGGGGGGGGGGGGGGGGGGGGGGGGGGGGGGGGGGGGGGGGGGGGGGGGGGGGGGGGGGGGGGGGGGGGGGGGGGGGGGGGGGGGGGGGGGGGGGGGGGGGGGGGGGGGGGGGGGGGGGGGGGGGGGGGGGGGGGGGGGGGGGGGGGGGGGGGGGGGGGGGGGGGGGGGGGGGGGGGGGGGGGGGGGGGGGGGGGGGGGGGGGGGGGGGGGGGGGGGGGGGGGGGGGGGGGGGGGGGGGGGGGGGGGGGGGGGGGGGGGGGGGGGGGGGGGGGGGGGGGGGGGGGGGGGGGGGGGGGGGGGGGGGGGGGGGGGGGGGGGGGGGGGGGGGGGGGGGGGGGGGGGGGGGGGGGGGGGGGGGGGGGGGGGGGGGGGGGGGGGGGGGGGGGGGGGGGGGGGGGGGGGGGGGGGGGGGGGGGGGGGGGGGGGGGGGGGGGGGGGGGGGGGGGGGGGGGGGGGGGGGGGGGGGGGGGGGGGGGGGGGGGGGGGGGGGGGGGGGGGGGGGGGGGGGGGGGGGGGGGGGGGGGGGGGGGGGGGGGGGGGGGGGGGGGGGGGGGGGGGGGGGGGGGGGGGGGGGGGGGGGGGGGGGGGGGGGGGGGGGGGGGGGGGGGGGGGGGGGGGGGGGGGGGGGGGGGGGGGGGGGGGGGGGGGGGGGGGGGGGGGGGGGGGGGGGGGGGGGGGGGGGGGGGGGGGGGGGGGGGGGGGGGGGGGGGGGGGGGGGGGGGGGGGGGGGGGGGGGGGGGGGGGGGGGGGGGGGGGGGGGGGGGGGGGGGGGGGGGGGGGGGGGGGGGGGGGGGGGGGGGGGGGGGGGGGGGGGGGGGGGGGGGGGGGGGGGGGGGGGGGGGGGGGGGGGGGGGGGGGGGGGGGGGGGGGGGGGGGGGGGGGGGGGGGGGGGGGGGGGGGGGGGGGGGGGGGGGGGGGGGGGGGGGGGGGGGGGGGGGGGGGGGGGGGGGGGGGGGGGGGGGGGGGGGGGGGGGGGGGGGGGGGGGGGGGGGGGGGGGGGGGGGGGGGGGGGGGGGGGGGGGGGGGGGGGGGGGGGGGGGGGGGGGGGGGGGGGGGGGGGGGGGGGGGGGGGGGGGGGGGGGGGGGGGGGGGGGGGGGGGGGGGGGGGGGGGGGGGGGGGGGGGGGGGGGGGGGGGGGGGGGGGGGGGGGGGGGGGGGGGGGGGGGGGGGGGGGGGGGGGGGGGGGGGGGGGGGGGGGGGGGGGGGGGGGGGGGGGGGGGGGGGGGGGGGGGGGGGGGGGGGGGGGGGGGGGGGGGGGGGGGGGGGGGGGGGGGGGGGGGGGGGGGGGGGGGGGGGGGGGGGGGGGGGGGGGGGGGGGGGGGGGGGGGGGGGGGGGGGGGGGGGGGGGGGGGGGGGGGGGGGGGGGGGGGGGGGGGGGGGGGGGGGGGGGGGGGGGGGGGGGGGGGGGGGGGGGGGGGGGGGGGGGGGGGGGGGGGGGGGGGGGGGGGGGGGGGGGGGGGGGGGGGGGGGGGGGGGGGGGGGGGGGGGGGGGGGGGGGGGGGGGGGGGGGGGGGGGGGGGGGGGGGGGGGGGGGGGGGGGGGGGGGGGGGGGGGGGGGGGGGGGGGGGGGGGGGGGGGGGGGGGGGGGGGGGGGGGGGGGGGGGGGGGGGGGGGGGGGGGGGGGGGGGGGGGGGGGGGGGGGGGGGGGGGGGGGGGGGGGGGGGGGGGGGGGGGGGGGGGGGGGGGGGGGGGGGGGGGGGGGGGGGGGGGGGGGGGGGGGGGGGGGGGGGGGGGGGGGGGGGGGGGGGGGGGGGGGGGGGGGGGGGGGGGGGGGGGGGGGGGGGGGGGGGGGGGGGGGGGGGGGGGGGGGGGGGGGGGGGGGGGGGGGGGGGGGGGGGGGGGGGGGGGGGGGGGGGGGGUGGGGGGGGGGGGGGGGGGGGGGGGGGGGGGGGGGGGGGGGGGGGGGGGGGGGGGGGGGGGGGGGGGGGGGGGGGGGGGGGGGGGGGGGGGGGGGGGGGGGGGGGGGGGGGGGGGGGGGGGGGGGGGGGGGGGGGGGGGGGGGGGGGGGGGGGGGGGGGGGGGGGGGGGGGGGGGGGGGGGGGGGGGGGGGGGGGGGGGGGGGGGGGGGGGGGGGGGGGGGGGGGGGGGGGGGGGGGGGGGGGGGGGGGGGGGGGGGGGGGGGGGGGGGGGGGGGGGGGGGGGGGGGGGGGGGGGGGGGGGGGGGGGGGGGGGGGGGGGGGGGGGGGGGGGGGGGGGGGGGGGGGGGGGGGGGGGGGGGGGGGGGGGGGGGGGGGGGGGGGGGGGGGGGGGGGGGGGGGGGGGGGGGGGGGGGGGGGGGGGGGGGGGGGGGGGGGGGGGGGGGGGGGGGGGGGGGGGGGGGGGGGGGGGGGGGGGGGGGGGGGGGGGGGGGGGGGGGGGGGGGGGGGGGGGGGGGGGGGGGGGGGGGGGGGGGGGGGGGGGGGGGGAGGGGGGGGGGGGGGGGGGGGGGGGGGGGGGGGGGGGGGGGGGGGGGGGGGGGGGGGGGGGGGGGGGGGGGGGGGGGGGGGGGGGGGGGGGGGGGGGGGGGGGGGGGGGGGGGGGGGGGGGGGGGGGGGGGGGGGGGGGGGGGGGGGGGGGGGGGGGGGGGGGGGGGGGGGGGGGGGGGGGGGGGGGGGGGGGGGGGGGGGGGGGGGGGGGGGGGGGGGGGGGGGGGGGGGGGGGGGGGGGGGGGGGGGGGGGGGGGGGGGGGGGGGGGGGGGGGGGGGGGGGGGGGGGGGGGGGGGGGGGGGGGGGGGGGGGGGGGGGGGGGGGGGGGGGGGGGGGGGGGGGGGGGGGGGGGGGGGGGGGGGGGGGAGGGGGGGGGGGGGGGGGGGGGGGGGGGGGGGGGGGGGGGGGGGGGGGGGGGGGGGGGGGGGGGGGGGGGGGGGGGGGGGGGGGGGGGGGGGGGGGGGGGGGGGGGGGGGGGGGGGGGGGGGGGGGGGGGGGGGGGGGGGGGGGGGGGGGGGGGGGGGGGGGGGGGGGGGGGGGGGGGGGGGGGGGGGGGGGGGGGGGGGGGGGGGGGGGGGGGGGGGGGGGGGGGGGGGGGGGGGGGGGGGGGGGGGGGGGGGGGGGGGGGGGGGGGGGGGGGGGGGGGGGGGGGGGGGGGGGGGGGGGGGGGGGGGGGGGGGGGGGGGGGGGGGGGGGGGGGGGGGGGGGGGGGGGGGGGGGGGGGGGGGGGGGGGGGGGGGGGGGGGGGGGGGGGGGGGGGGGGGGGGGGGGGGGGGGGGGGGGGGGGGGGGGGGGGGGGGGGGGGGGGGGGGGGGGGGGGGGGGGGGGGGGGGGGGGGGGGGGGGGGGGGGGGGGGGGGGGGGGGGGGGGGGGGGGGGGGGGGGGGGGGGGGGGGGGGUGGGGGGGGGGGGGGGGGGGGGGGGGGGGGGGGGGGGGGGGGGGGGGGGGGGGGGGGGGGGGGGGGGGGGGGGGGGGGGGGGGGGGGGGGGGGGGGGGGGGGGGGGGGGGGGGGGGGGGGGGGGGGGGGGGGGGGGGGGGGGGGGGGGGGGGGGGGGGGGGGGGGGGGGGGGGGGGGGGGGGGGGGGGGGGGGGGGGGGGGGGGGGGGGGGGGGGGGGGGGGGGGGGGGGGGGGGGGGGGGGGGGGGGGGGGGGGGGGGGGGGGGGGGGGGGGGGGGGGGGGGGGGGGGGGGGGGGGGGGGGGGGGGGGGGGGGGGGGGGGGGGGGGGGGGGGGGGGGGGGGGGGGGGGGGGGGGGGGGGGGGGGGGGGGGGGGGGGGGGGGGGGGGGGGGGGGGGGGGGGGGGGGGGGGGGGGGGGGGGGGGGGGGGGGGGGGGGGGGGGGGGGGGGGGGGGGGGGGGGGGGGGGGGGGGGGGGGGGGGGGGGGGGGGGGGGGGGGGGGGGGGGGGGGGGGGGGGGGGGGGGGGGGGGGGGGGGGGGGGGGGGGGGGGGGGGGGGGGGGGGGGGGGGGGGGGGGGGGGGGGGGGGGGGGGGGGGGGGGGGGGGGGGGGGGGGGGGGGGGGGGGGGGGGGGGGGGGGGGGGGGGGGGGGGGGGGGGGGGGGGGGGGGGGGGGGGGGGGGGGGGGGGGGGGGGGGGGGGGGGGGGGGGGGGGGGGGGGGGGGGGGGGGGGGGGGGGGGGGGGGGGGGGGGGGGGGGGGGGGGGGGGGGGGGGGGGGGGGGGGGGGGGGGGGGGGGGGGGGGGGGGGGGGGGGGGGGGGGGGGGGGGGGGGGGGGGGGGGGGGGGGGGGGGGGGGGGGGGGGGGGGGGGGGGGGGGGGGGGGGGGGGGGGGGGGGGGGGGGGGGGGGGGGGGGGGGGGGGGGGGGGGGGGGGGGGGGGGGGGGGGGGGGGGGGGGGGGGGGGGGGGGGGGGGGGGGGGGGGGGGGGGGGGGGGGGGGGGGGGGGGGGGGGGGGGGGGGGGGGGGGGGGGGGGGGGGGGGGGGGGGGGGGGGGGGGGGGGGGGGGGGGGGGGGGGGGGGGGGGGGGGGGGGGGGGGGGGGGGGGGGGGGGGGGGGGGGGGGGGGGGGGGGGGGGGGGGGGGGGGGGGGGGGGGGGGGGGGGGGGGGGGGGGGGGGGGGGGGGGGGGGGGGGGGGGGGGGGGGGGGGGGGGGGGGGGGGGGGGGGGGGGGGGGGGGGGGGGGGGGGGGGGGGGGGGGGGGGGGGGGGGGGGGGGGGGGGGGGGGGGGGGGGGGGGGGGGGGGGGGGGGGGGGGGGGGGGGGGGGGGGGGGGGGGGGGGGGGGGGGGGGGGGGGGGGGGGGGGGGGGGGGGGGGGGGGGGGGGGGGGGGGGGGGGGGGGGGGGGGGGGGGGGGGGGGGGGGGGGGGGGGGGGGGGGGGGGGGGGGGGGGGGGGGGGGGGGGGGGGGGGGGGGGGGGGGGGGGGGGGGGGGGGGGGGGGGGGGGGGGGGGGGGGGGGGGGGGGGGGGGGGGGGGGGGGGGGGGGGGGGGUGGGGGGGGGGGGGGGGGGGGGGGGGGGGGGGGGGGGGGGGGGGGGGGGGGGGGGGGGGGGGGGGGGGGGGGGGGGGGGGGGGGGGGGGGGGGGGGGGGGGGGGGGGGGGGGGGGGGGGGGGGGGGGGGGGGGGGGGGGGGGGGGGGGGGGGGGGGGGGGGGGGGGGGGGGGGGGGGGGGGGGGGGGGGGGGGGGGGGGGGGGGGGGGGGGGGGGGGGGGGGGGGGGGGGGGGGGGGGGGGGGGGGGGGGGGGGGGGGGGGGGGGGGGGGGGGGGGGGGGGGGGGGGGGGGGGGGGGGGGGGGGGGGGUGGGGGGGGGGGGGGGGGGGGUGGGGGGGGGGGGGGGGGGGGGGGGGGGGGGGGGGGGGGGGGGGGGGGGGGGGGGGGGGGGGGGGGGGGGGGGGGGGGGGGGGGGGGGGGGGGGGGGGGGGGGGGGGGGGGGGGGGGGGGGGGGGGGGGGGGGGGGGGGGGGGGGGGGGGGGGGGGGGGGGGGGGGGGGGGGGGGGGGGGGGGGGGGGGGGGGGGGGGGGGGGGGGGGGGGGGGGGGGGGGGGGGGGGGGGGGGGGGGGGGGGGGGGGGGGGGGGGGGGGGGGGGGGGGGGGGGGGGGGGGGGGGGGGGGGGGGGGGGGGGGGGGGGGGGGGGGGGGGGGGGGGGGGGGGGGGGGGGGGGGGGGGGGGGGGGGGGGGGGGGGGGGGGGGGGGGGGGGGGGGGGGGGGGGGGGGGGGGGGGGGGGGGGGGGGGGGGGGGGGGGGGGGGGGGGGGGGGGGGGGGGGGGGGGGGGGGGGGGGGGGGGGGGGGGGGGGGGGGGGGGGGGGGGGGGGGGGGGGGGGGGGGGGGGGGGGGGGGGGGGGGGGGGGGGGGGGGGGGGGGGGGGGGGGGGGGGGGGGGGGGGGGGGGGGGGGGGGGGGGGGGGGGGGGGGGGGGGGGUGGGGGGGGGGGGGGGGGGGGGGGGGGGGGGGGGGGGGGGGGGGGGGGGGGGGGGGGGGGGGGGGGGGGGGGGGGGGGGGGGGGGGGGGGGGGGGGGGGGGGGGGGGGGGGGGGGGGGGGGGGGGGGGGGGGGGGGGGGGGGGGGGGGGGGGGGGGGGGGGGGGGGGGGGGGGGGGGGGGGGGGGGGGGGGGGGGGGGGGGGGGGGGGGGGGGGGGGGGGGGGGGGGGGGGGGGGGGGGGGGGGGGGGGGGGGGGGGGGGGGGGGGGGGGGGGGGGGGGGGGGGGGGGGGGGGGGGGGGGGGGGGGGGGGGGGGGGGGGGGGGGGGGGGGGGGGGGGGGGGGGGGGGGGGGGGGGGGGGGGGGGGGGGGGGGGGGGGGGGGGGGGGGGGGGGGGGGGGGGGGGGGGGGGGGGGGGGGGGGGGGGGGGGGGGGGGGGGGGGGGGGGGGGGGGGGGGGGGGGGGGGGGGGGGGGGGGGGGGGGGGUGGGGGGGGGGGGGGGGGGGGGGGGGGGGGGGGGGGGGGGGGGGGGGGGGGGGGGUGGGGGGGGGGGGGGGGGGGGGGGGGGGGGGGGGGGGGGGGGGGGGGGGGGGGGGGGGGGGGGGGGGGGGGGGGGGGGGGGGGGGGGGGGGGGGGGGGGGGGGGGGGGGGGGGGGGGGGGGGGGGGGGGGGGGGGGGGGGGGGGGGGGGGGGGGGGGGGGUGGGGGGGGGGGGGGGGGGGGGGGGGGGGGGGGGGGGGGGGGGGGGGGGGGGGGGGGGGGGGGGGGGGGGGGGGGGGGGGGGGGGGGGGGGGGGGGGUGGGGGGGGGGGGGGGGGGGGGGGGGGGGGGGGGGGGGGGGGGGGGGGGGGGGGGGGGGGGGGGGGGGGGGGGGGGGGGGGGGGGGGGGGGGGGGGGGGGGGGGGGGGGGGGGGGGGGGGGGGGGGGGGGGGGGGGGGGGGGGGGGGGGGGGGGGGGGGGGGGGGGGGGGGGGGGGGGGGGGGGGGGGGGGGGGGGGGGGGGGGGGGGGGGGGGGGGGGGGGGGGGGGGGGGGGGGGGGGGGGGGGGGGGGGGGGGGGGGGGGGGGGGGGGGGGGGGGGGGGGGGGGGGGGGGGGGGGGGGGGGGGGGGGGGGGGGGGGGGGGGGGGGGGGGGGGGGGGGGGGGGGGGGGGGGGGGGGGGGGGGGGGGGGGGGGGGGGGGGGGGGGGGGGGGGGGGGGGGGGGGGGGGGGGGGGGGGGGGGGGGGGGGGGGGGGGGGGGGGGGGGGGGGGGGGGGGGGGGGGGGGGGGGGGGGGGGGGGGGGGGGGGGGGGGGGGGGGGGGGGGGGGGGGGGGGGGGGGGGGGGGGGGGGGGGGGGGGGGGGGGGGGGGGGGGGGGGGGGGGGGGGGGGGGGGGGGGGGGGGGGGGGGGGGGGGGGGGGGGGGGGGGGGGGGGGGGGGGGGGGGGGGGGGGGGGGGGGGGGGGGGGGGGGGGGGGGGGGGGGGGGGGGGGGGGGGGGGGGGGGGGGGGGGGGGGGGGGGGGGGGGGGGGGGGGGGGGGGGGGGGGGGGGGGGGGGGGGGGGGGGGGGGGGGGGGGGGGGGGGGGGGGGGGGGGGGGGGGGGGGGGGGGGGGGGGGGGGGGGGGGGGGGGGGGGGGGGGGGGGGGGGGGGGGGGGGGGGGGGGGGGGGGGGGGGGGGGGGGGGGGGGGGGGGGGGGGGGGGGGGGGGGGGGGGGGGGGUGGGGGGGGGGGGGGGGGGGGGGGGGGGGGGGGGGGGGGGGGGGGGGGGGGGGGGGGGGGGGGGGGGGGGGGGGGGGGGGGGGGGGGGGGGGGGGGGGGGGGGGGGGGGGGGGGGGGGGGGGGGGGGGGGGGGGGGGGGGGGGGGGGGGGGGGGGGGGGGGGGGGGGGGGGGGGGGGGGGGGGGGGGGGGGGGGGGGGGGGGGGGGGGGGGGGGGGGGGGGGGGGGGGGGGGGGGGGGGGGGGGGGGGGGGGGGGGGGGGGGGGGGGGGGGGGGGGGGGGGGGGGGGGGGGGGGGGGGGGGGGGGGGGGGGGGGGGGGGGGGGGGGGGGGGGGGGGGGGGGGGGGGGGGGGGGGGGGGGGGGGGGGGGGGGGGGGGGGGGGGGGGGGGGGGGGGGGGGGGGGGGGGGGGGGGGGGGGGGGGGGGGGGGGGGGGGGGGGGGGGGGGGGGGGGGGGGGGGGGGGGGGGGGGGGGGGGGGGGGGGGGGGGGGGGGGGGGGGGGGGGGGGGGGGGGGGGGGGGGGGGGGGGGGGGGGGGGGGGGGGGGGGGGGGGGGGGGGGGGGGGGGGGGGGGGGGGGGGGGGGGGGGGGGGGGGGGGGGGGGGGGGGGGGGGGGGGGGGGGGGGGGGGGGGGGGGGGGGGGGGGGGGGGGGGGGGGGGGGGGGGGGGGGGGGGGGGGGGGGGGGGGGGGGGGGGGGGGGGGGGGGGGGGGGGGGGGGGGGGGGGGGGGGGGGGGGGGGGGGGGGGGGGGGGGGGGGGGGGGGGGGGGGGGGGGGGGGGGGGGGGGGGGGGGGGGGGGGGGGGGGGGGGGGGGGGGGGGGGGGGGGGGGGGGGGGGGGGGGGGGGGGGGGGGGGGGGGGGGGGGGGGGGGGGGGGGGGGGGGGGGGGGGGGGGGGGGGGGGGGGGGGGGGGGGGGGGGGGGGGGGGGGGGGGGGGGGGGGGGGGGGGGGGGGGGGGGGGGGGGGGGGGGGGGGGGGGGGGGGGGGGGGGGGGGGGGGGGGGGGGGGGGGGGGGGGGGGGGGGGGGGGGGGGGGGGGGGGGGGGGGGGGGGGGGGGGGGGGGGGGGGGGGGGGGGGGGGGGGGGGGGGGGGGGGGGGGGGGGGGGGGGGGGGGGGGGGGGGGGGGGGGGGGGGGGGGGGGGGGGGGGGGGGGGGGGGGGGGGGGGGGGGGGGGGGGGGGGGGGGGGGGGGGGGGGGGGGGGGGGGGGGGGGGGGGGGGGGGGGGGGGGGGGGGGGGGGGGGGGGGGGGGGGGGGGGGGGGGGGGGGGGGGGGGGGGGGGGGGGGGGGGGGGGGGGGGGGGGGGGGGGGGGGGGGGGGGGGGGGGGGGGGGGGGGGGGGGGGGGGGGGGGGGGGGGGGGGGGGGGGGGGGGGGGGGGGGGGGGGGGGGGGGGGGGGGGGGGGGGGGGGGGGGGGGGGGGGGGGGGGGGGGGGGGGGGGGGGGGGGGGGGGGGGGGGGGGGGGGGGGGGGGGGGGGGGGGGGGGGGGGGGGGGGGGGGGGGGGGGGGGGGGGGGGGGGGGGGGGGGGGGGGGGGGGGGGGGGGGGGGGGGGGGGGGGGGGGGGGGGGGGGGGGGGGGGGGGGGGGGGGGGGGGGGGGGGGGGGGGGGGGGGGGGGGGGGGGGGGGGGGGGGGGGGGGGGGGGGGGGGGGGGGGGGGGGGGGGGGGGGGGGGGGGGGGGGGGGGGGGGGGGGGGGGGGGGGGGGGGGGGGGGGGGGGGGGGGGGGGGGGGGGGGGGGGGGGGGGGGGGGGGGGGGGGGGGGGGGGGGGGGGGGGGGGGGGGGGGGGGGGGGGGGGGGGGGGGGGGGGGGGGGGGGGGGGGGGGGGGGGGGGGGGGGGGGGGGGGGGGGGGGGGGGGGGGGGGGGGGGGGGGGGGGGGGGGGGGGGGGGGGGGGGGGGGGGGGGGGGGGGGGGGGGGGGGGGGGGGGGGGGGGGGGGGGGGGGGGGGGGGGGGGGGGGGGGGGGGGGGGGGGGGGGGGGGGGGGGGGGGGGGGGGGGGGGGGGGGGGGGGGGGGGGGGGGGGGGGGGGGGGGGGGGGGGGGGGGGGGGGGGGGGGGGGGGGGGGGGGGGGGGGGGGGGGGGGGGGGGGGGGGGGGGGGGGGGGGGGGGGGGGGGGGGGGGGGGGGGGGGGGGGGGGGGGGGGGGGGGGGGGGGGGGGGGGGGGGGGGGGGGGGGGGGGGGGGGGGGGGGGGGGGGGGGGGGGGGGGGGGGGGGGGGGGGGGGGGGGGGGGGGGGGGGGGGGGGGGGGGGGGGGGGGGGGGGGGGGGGGGGGGGGGGGGGGGGGGGGGGGGGGGGGGGGGGGGGGGGGGGGGGGGGGGGGGGGGGGGGGGGGGGGGGGGGGGGGGGGGGGGGGGGGGGGGGGGGGGGGGGGGGGGGGGGGGGGGGGGGGGGGGGGGGGGGGGGGGGGGGGGGGGGGGGGGGGGGGGGGGGGGGGGGGGGGGGGGGGGGGGGGGGGGGGGGGGGGGGGGGGGGGGGGGGGGGGGGGGGGGGGGGGGGGGGGGGGGGGGGGGGGGGGGGGGGGGGGGGGGGGGGGGGGGGGGGGGGGGGGGGGGGGGGGGGGGGGGGGGGGGGGGGGGGGGGGGGGGGGGGGGGGGGGGGGGGGGGGGGGGGGGGGGGGGGGGGGGGGGGGGGGGGGGGGGGGGGGGGGGGGGGGGGGGGGGGGGGGGGGGGGGGGGGGGGGGGGGGGGGGGGGGGGGGGGGGGGGGGGGGGGGGGGGGGGGGGGGGGGGGGGGGGGGGGGGGGGGGGGGGGGGGGGGGGGGGGGGGGGGGGGGGGGGGGGGGGGGGGGGGGGGGGGGGGGGGGGGGGGGGGGGGGGGGGGGGGGGGGGGGGGGGGGGGGGGGGGGGGGGGGGGGGGGGGGGGGGGGGGGGGGGGGGGGGGGGGGGGGGGGGGGGGGGGGGGGGGGGGGGGGGGGGGGGGGGGGGGGGGGGGGGGGGGGGGGGGGGGGGGGGGGGGGGGGGGGGGGGGGGGGGGGGGGGGGGGGGGGGGGGGGGGGGGGGGGGGGGGGGGGGGGGGGGGGGGGGGGGGGGGGGGGGGGGGGGGGGGGGGGGGGGGGGGGGGGGGGGGGGGGGGGGGGGGGGGGGGGGGGGGGGGGGGGGGGGGGGGGGGGGGGGGGGGGGGGGGGGGGGGGGGGGGGGGGGGGGGGGGGGGGGGGGGGGGGGGGGGGGGGGGGGGGGGGGGGGGGGGGGGGGGGGGGGGGGGGGGGGGGGGGGGGGGGGGGGGGGGGGGGGGGGGGGGGGGGGGGGGGGGGGGGGGGGGGGGGGGGGGGGGGGGGGGGGGGGGGGGGGGGGGGGGGGGGGGGGGGGGGGGGGGGGGGGGGGGGGGGGGGGGGGGGGGGGGGGGGGGGGGGGGGGGGGGGGGGGGGGGGGGGGGGGGGGGGGGGGGGGGGGGGGGGGGGGGGGGGGGGGGGGGGGGGGGGGGGGGGGGGGGGGGGGGGGGGGGGGGGGGGGGGGGGGGGGGGGGGGGGGGGGGGGGGGGGGGGGGGGGGGGGGGGGGGGGGGGGGGGGGGGGGGGGGGGGGGGGGGGGGGGGGGGGGGGGGGGGGGGGGGGGGGGGGGGGGGGGGGGGGGGGGGGGGGGGGGGGGGGGGGGGGGGGGGGGGGGGGGGGGGGGGGGGGGGGGGGGGGGGGGGGGGGGGGGGGGGGGGGGGGGGGGGGGGGGGGGGGGGGGGGGGGGGGGGGGGGGGGGGGGGGGGGGGGGGGGGGGGGGGGGGGGGGGGGGGGGGGGGGGGGGGGGGGGGGGGGGGGGGGGGGGGGGGGGGGGGGGGGGGGGGGGGGGGGGGGGGGGGGGGGGGGGGAUAUAGGGGGGGGGGGGGGGGGGGGGGGGGGGGGGGGGGGGGGGGGGGGGGGGGGGGGGGGGGGGGGGGGGGGGGGGGGGGGGGGGGGGGGGGGGGGGGGGGGGGGGGGGGGGGGGGGGGGGGGGGGGGGGGGGGGGGGGGGGGGGGGGGGGGGGGGGGGGGGGGGGGGGGGGGGGGGGGGGGGGGGGGGGGGGGGGGGGGGGGGGGGGGGGGGGGGGGGGGGGGGGGGGGGGGGGGGGGGGGGGGGGGGGGGGGGGGGGGGGGGGGGGGGGGGGGGGGGGGGGGGGGGGGGGGGGGGGGGGGGGGGGGGGGGGGGGGGGGGGGGGGGGGGGGGGGGGGGGGGGGGGGGGGGGGGGGGGGGGGGGGGGGGGGGGGGGGGGGGGGGGGGGGGGGGGGGGGGGGGGGGGGGGGGGGGGGGGGGGGGGGGGGGGGGGGGGGGGGGGGGGGGGGGGGGGGGGGGGGGGGGGGGGGGGGGGGGGGGGGGGGGGGGGGGGGGGGGGGGGGGGGGGGGGGGGGGGGGGGGGGGGGGGGGGGGGGGGGGGGGGGGGGGGGGGGGGGGGGGGGGGGGGGGGGGGGGGGGGGGGGGGGGGGGGGGGGGGGGGGGGGGGGGGGGGGGGGGGGGGGGGGGGGGGGGGGGGGGGGGGGGGGGGGGGGGGGGGGGGGGGGGGGGGGGGGGGGGGGGGGGGGGGGGGGGGGGGGGGGGGGGGGGGGGGGGGGGGGGGGGGGGGGGGGGGGGGGGGGGGGGGGGGGGGGGGGGGGGGGGGGGGGGGGGGGGGGGGGGGGGGGGGGGGGGGGGGGGGGGGGGGGGGGGGGGGGGGGGGGGGGGGGGGGGGGGGGGGGGGGGGGGGGGGGGGGGGGGGGGGGGGGGGGGGGGGGGGGGGGGGGGGGGGGGGGGGGGGGGGGGGGGGGGGGGGGGGGGGGGGGGGGGGGGGGGGGGGGGGGGGGGGGGGGGGGGGGGGGGGGGGGGGGGGGGGGGGGGGGGGGGGGGGGGGGGGGGGGGGGGGGGGGGGGGGGGGGGGGGGGGGGGGGGGGGGGGGGGGGGGGGGGGGGGGGGGGGGGGGGGGGGGGGGGGGGGGGGGGGGGGGGGGGGGGGGGGGGGGGGGGGGGGGGGGGGGGGGGGGGGGGGGGGGGGGGGGGGGGGGGGGGGGGGGGGGGGGGGGGGGGGGGGGGGGGGGGGGGGGGGGGGGGGGGGGGGGGGGGGGGUGGGGGGGGGGGGGGGGGGGGGGGGGGGGGGGGGGGGGGGGGGGGGGGGGGGGGGGGGGGGGGGGGGGGGGGGGGGGGGGGGGGGGGGGGGGGGGGGGGGGGGGGGGGGGGGGGGGGGGGGGGGGGGGGGAGGGGGGGGGGGGGGGGGGGGGGGGGGGGGGGGGGGGGGGGGGGGGGGGGGGGGGGGGGGGGGGGGGGGGGGGGGGGGGGGGGGGGGGGGGGGGGGGGGGGGGGGGGGGGGGGGGGGGGGGGGGGGGGGGGGGGGGGGGGGGGGGGGGGGGGGGGGGGGGGGGGGGGGGGGGGGGGGGGGGGGGGGGGGGGGGGGGGGGGGGGGGGGGGGGGGGGGGGGGGGGGGGGGGGGGGGGGGGGGGGGGGGGGGGGGGGGGGGGGGGGGGGGGGGGGGGGGGGGGGGGGGGGGGGGGGGGGGGGGGGGGGGGGGGGGGGGGGGGGGGGGGGGGGGGGGGGGGGGGGGGGGGGGGGGGGGGGGGGGGGGGGGGGGGGGGGGGGGGGGGGGGGGGGGGGGGGGGGGGGGGGGGGGGGGGGGGGGGGGGGGGGGGGGGGGGGGGGGGGGGGGGGGGGGGGGGGGGGGGGGGGGGGGGGGGGGGGGGGGGGGGGGGGGGGGGGGGGGGGGGGGGGGGGGGGGGGGGGGGGGGGGGGGGGGGGGGGGGGGGGGGGGGGGGGGGGGGGGGGGGGGGGGGGGGGGGGGGGGGGGGGGGGGGGGGGGGGGGGGGGGGGGGGGGGGGGGGGGGGGGGGGGGGGGGGGGGGGGGGGGGGGGGGGGGGGGGGGGGGGGGGGGGGGGGGGGGGGGGGGGGGGGGGGGGGGGGGGGGGGGGGGGGGGGGGGGGGGGGGGGGGGGGGGGGGGGGGGGGGGGGGGGGGGGGGGGGGGGGGGGGGGGGGGGGGGGGGGGGGGGGGGGGGGGGGGGGGGGGGGGGGGGGGGGGGGGGGGGGGGGGGGGGGGGGGGGGGGGGGGGGGGGGGGGGGGGGGGGGGGGGGGGGGGGGGGGGGGGGGGGGGGGGGGGGGGUGGGGGGGGGGGGGGGGGGGGGGGGGGGGGGGGGGGGGGGGGGGGGGGGGGGGGGGGGGGGGGGGGGGGGGGGGGGGGGGGGGGGGGGGGGGGGGGGGGGGGGGGGGGGGGGGGGGGGGGGGGGGGGGGGGGGGGGGGGGGGGGGGGGGGGGGGGGGGGGGGGGGGGGGGGGGGGGGGGGGGGGGGGGGGGGGGGGGGGGGGGGGGGGGGGGGGGGGGGGGGGGGGGGGGGGGGGGGGGGGGGGGGGGGGGGGGGGGGGGGGGGGGGGGGGGGGGGGGGGGGGGGGGGGGGGGGGGGGGGGGGGGGGGGGGGGGGGGGGGGGGGGGGGGGGGGGGGGGGGGGGGGGGGGGGGGGGGGGGGGGGGGGGGGGGGGGGGGGGGGGGGGGGGGGGGGGGGGGGGGGGGGGGGGGGGGGGGGGGGGGGGGGGGGGGGGGGGGGGGGGGGGGGGGGGGGGGGGGGGGGGGGGGGGGGGGGGGGGGGGGGGGGGGGGGGGGGGGGGGGGGGGGGGGGGGGUUGA